AUGACAGAUAUGUUAAAACAAAUUAUAAGCAAAGAGACGUCGUUGCUGUCGACGUUGGAGGAGGUGCAGUAUUUCCUGAGUCCAGAGGGUCUUGAGAGCGAGGACCGAUGUACAGCUGACGUCAGCGCCUAUCUCCAGGGCGUGGAACAGGGUCAGAUGUGGGCCUUGCAAAUGCUAGAUGCCUCAGGAAAACCAGGAAGGAGUAUUCUUCAAGGAGCGACAAAAUUCCUUGGCAACUACGACGAAUGUCUGGAUGUGUCACACACACUGACCAAUGAGAGCACGGGACAAAGUCGUGUGAUAAAUGGUGGUUACUGUCACUUUCUCCUCACAUUACCUGAGACAAUCGCAAAUAUUACCACCAAAAAUGAACCACUUCCGUCACCAAGAUUUGUAUCAUCAUUUGCAGUACCUUUCAACGCUACUGGCUCCUCUCUGUUGUCGGCCUAUUUCACCAAGGUGACGGACUGGAAGGACGACUCAGUUGCAGUGGCUACAGUGGUUGUGUUAUGUUUCAUCGUCGCGUUAUCUCUUGUGGGGACCCUGUAUGAUAUUAUCAGCGCAGAGAUAACUAGGUAUAGAAGAGUACGAUGUUACGUCGACGUCGACGUUGACUUUGAUAGCGACAGUGAGAUCUUCGUGAAUGACGAUGGCUUGCUCGUUAACAUCACAGAUGAACAUCAGGUUUUAGAAGGUUCAGGAAAACAAAAGGAGCAAGAAGACAAUGAAGGUUUGGGUCGUCAACUCCUCCUGUCGUUCUCCAUCAGAAGGAAUGCUGACAAGAUCCUCAGUACCAGGACGGGGAAUGGAGACCUGCGCUGUCUUCAUGGCAUCCGGUUCCGCAUGUUCGAUAUUUCGUCAAUUCGCGUACAACUUGUUUCUAGCGGCUGCUUGUUGACCUUCUUGUUCCUGAGGGAAUGUGAGAAGUCCACAAGAGGGAAGCCUACAGUGGGACAGAUGGUCAUCUACUACAUCCACAGAUGGUGGAGGUUGACCCCUUUGUAUAUGAUAAUCAUCAUGUUCUACACUGGAUUGCUGGACCAUCUCAUAGACGGACCAAUGGCUGAGUCAAAGAACAUCAUUGACAAGGACUACUGUCGGCACAACUGGUGGGCCAAUCUGCUGUACAUCAACAAUAUGUAUAAGACUGAUGAAAUGUAUCUCCUAGUGCUGGGGUGGCUGGUCUUCCUAGCUAUUGGACUUCUGUGCUGCUAUGUGACAUAUGACCAGAUGCGAGAGUCUGACAGACAAUGGGGUGUCAAUACAAGAAUCGCCUACCAAACUCUCUGCAGGCCUGCCUGGGCUUUGUUUGUGUCUUGGGUUAUCUUGGUAUGCUGCACAGGCAAUGGAGGUGUUAUCAACAGUAUCCUCUCCUGGUCUGCUUGGAUUCCUCUGGGUAGACUGACGUAUGGGGCCUACCUGAUCCACACAGUCGUGCUGUCCUAUACCGAGUUCUCAGUGAGGUCUCUGAGAUAUGCUGAUGUUGUAUUUGUGAGCUAUCACUACAUAGGGACAUUCACCGUCUCCUACGCCCUAUCGUUCAUCACCUGUGUGUUGGUGGAGUCUCCGUGCCUCGGUCUGGAGAAGGUGGUCCUCACCAGGCUAAGGCUCAAGAAGUAG